UGGCGAUGGAAAGGGAGGACGGCACAAUCAGUGAAAAGGGAAAAAUUGACUUUCGCCAAAGGCAAAAUUGACCACGGCGCAGCGGAUACAACCACACGGCAAAGUGGAGCAAAGAAGACAUCGCUCACGACACACACACACACACACACACACACACGAGCACACACACAGACACACACACACACACACACAGACACACACACACGCACACACAGAGACACAGUUGAGGAUGGGGUUGCGGUUCUUCUUGCUUGUGAACAAGCAAGGGCAGACGCGUGUUGCACAGUACUACCAGUACCGCGAUGUGGAGACCAGGGUGACAAACGAGGCGGAGAUUAUCAGAAAAUGCCUCGCACGGACAGAGAAACAGUGCUCGUUCAUGGAGUAUCGGGGCUUCAAGCUCAUCUUCCGACGAUACGCUUCGCUCUACUUCAUCGUUGGCGCCGACAACGACGAGAACGAGCUGGCCAUUCUGGAGUUUAUUCACAUGGUUGUGGAGACGAUGGACCAGUACUUUGAGGGCGUGUGCGAACUUGAUAUUAUGUUCAACAUUGACAAGGCGCACUUCAUCCUGGACGAGAUGAUUGCCAACGGAGAGAUUGUGGAGACAAACAAGACACGCAUCAUUGCUCCCAUCAGGGUCAUUGACAAAGUCGACAAGCUCAGCAGCUGAACUCUUUGCACGCGUCAUCGCUUUGCUUUGCUUGUUGUAUGCGUGAUUGUAUUGGUGUGUGUGUGUUUGUGUGUGUAUUGUCUGGAAUGUGUGUGUGUGUGUGUUUUGCUUGUAUGC